UUCUCAGUCUCAGCAGCGUGGUCAUUCCCGCGUGCCCGCUUCCCUCGCGCUUUUCAGAGGUGGUGGAGGUGGUAGGGGGGCAGGCUCUGACGUCAGCUCGACCCGCCGGACGCGCACCUCCCCGCCGCGCGCGGCUCUCGCUCAGAGCGAGGGACCCUCAGCACUGUUAACCACCGGGCUUACCGAUGAUCCGCAUGCGGUCGGUUCGGAGCGAGAAAGGAAACGGCUGCGAUGAACGCAGAGAGAGAGGCUGCGCGCCGCGACGCUGCCGCACUUUCCCAAAUUGAGGAGGAGAGAUAGAGAGACGGAGUAGAGGCGGAGAGGGGCUGCAGAACGCCCAGGGUCUGGGUGAAUAUAUAACCAUGGCAACAGCAGCAGCACCAGGAGCACGAGAAGCGGGGAUAUAAACAUUGCAUCCAUCCGUCCGUCCGUCUGUCCGUCCGCAAACAGCGAUUUGACUGGGUUUAAGGGCUGGAGCUGGAGCCGACCCCUCUGCGGACAUCACGCCACAUCACUGCGAAGGUGAUGAGUGGGACUAUAUCAUGUCUGAAGUACAGGGAACGCUGGAGUUUUCUGUUGAACUGCACAAGUUCCACAAUGUGGAUCUUUUUCAAAGAGGGUUCUAUCAGAUACGAGCGGGACUGAAAGUCUCACCUCGUGUGCCCCACAGGUUGACCGUAACAACAAAUGACAAUGCAGGAGAGUGCAGCUUCAGCUCUGCGGGGGUGUACGACGGCAGCGUCUUCAGCCGGAUACUUCAGAUCCUUUACAGAAAUGAGGAGAUUACUGUUAAUGACUGCAUGAUCUUCAAAGUCCACCUACUUCUGGAUGGAGAAAGGUUGGAGGAAGCCUUAAGCGAGGUGGACUUUCAGCUGAAGUUGGAUCUUCACUUCACAGACAAUGAGCAACAGUUGGCAGAGAUAGCGACAGUUCCACUGAUCAGCAGCCGGACCCUAAGCCUCCACUUCCACCCGCGGCGAGGCCUUCACCAUCACGUCCCAGUCAUGUUCGACUACUUCCACUUGUCUGUCAUUUCUGUCUCCGUACAUGCUUCGCUGGUUGCCUUACAUCAACCACUGAUCAGCUUUGCACGUACGGGGAAGGGCUCCUGGCUGGGGAAGGGCUCGCCAGAGAGUGUGAGCGACCCAUCUGCCGUUUCUGUAGAGAACCUUGUGUUCGGAGCUGGCUACUGCAAACCUGUCAUCUCUGAGGGAAGCUUUUAUGUGGCCAGUGAAAACUGCUUGCAGAGAGCUCAUACGUGGCACCGGAGGCUCUGUCGCCUCCUGCUGGCAGCGCACCGAGGCCUGCACACCUACUGCAGCACGCUGACGCAGGAGAUCCCACAGCUCCAGCCAGUUGCAUUGGAAUCAGAGGAGCUGCCUGUUGAAGAAAUUCUAAAUCAGCUCUCCAUAGAGUUACAGCUGCAGGAAGGCCAUGAGAAGGUAGCCGAGCAGAUCAGCAGGGACGUGAGCCAGCUCUGUUCCCAGCUGGCUGCUUUAUGGAGCCGUUUCCUGGAGACCGCUGUGCUCAACCCCUACAUCCUGUCCUACCUGGCCCAGGAGCAUCACACACUUAGGGUGAGAAGGUUCUCAGAGGCAUAUUUCUUCACCGAACACCCAAAAGAGAUCUGCCUGACAUUUCAAGAAGAACUAAUCAACAGACACGGCAAGAUAGCGGCAGAAGUGCGGAGCUCAGACUAUUUGACCAAAAUGCCUCCUUUACCCGUCGAGUGCCUGGACAUCGAUGGAGACUGGAACAUCCUGCCCAUCAUCUUUGAGGACCGAUAUGCGGAGCCUCAGCAGACAGAAACGGUAUCAAUACUUGAAACGACCCAAGACAAAGUCGGCUCGCAAUCACCCGCCAACAGUCUUGCCCAGAAGAUUCUUCAUAGCAGCCAGGAAGCCAAAUCACCAGCAUUAUCCCGGCACUCCUUGGAUGGCGAAGAAUGCACGGACCUGCCUGGACAUGUCCCAAUCAUAGCGGGUCAGAGUCAAAAGGAAGUAACGGGCACCCGGAAUCUUAACCAGACAGAAUGUGGACCGGGGAACUCUGUGAUUGAGGGCCAGACAUUGAAGGAACCGGCAGAAAGUCGUGGCAUUGAAGAUAAACACUUUGAUCCGGACCCAUAUGCUGGAGAGACAGCUCUUGUUCUUUCCUCUAAUAAGGACCUCCUUACUGAUUGCACCAGCGGCGGCGAAGAGUCUCCUGUUCUCAGCGGGAAAGAAAAUGGCCCCGUACCUUUUGGCGACAGUGCGCUUAGAACAACGGUAGAGCAAGAAAACACUGAAGAGGACAGUGACGUAGCUAUGCCUUUAAACCACUCCAUGGAUGAUGACAGCGAAGAUGUUCCCCUCCACAGCCUACUGACCUCCAGUGUGAGUCCUGCUCUACCGUUCUUUCCCGGGGAGCUCAGAAAGGAAAUGACUCAUGGUAGAGGCUUAGUGAGCUCGAAGAUCAUGAAGCGCUCGUCGUCUGUGAUCUCAGACUCAGGGAUUGAGAGCGAGCCCAGCUCGGUGGCAUGGCCUGUGGAGGCUGUUCUCCGAGGACGGCCUUCUCUAGAUUUUUCGAGUGAGCGGGAGAUCCCGAAGCAAGUGGUGCUGGACCACCCGGUCCAUCGCAGCUGCCUGGAAGGCCUGCGGAUGGAGAGCAAUGGCAGCCUUCCGAGUGGAGGCAUCCAGGCCUCUCUCACCUCAAUUAGCUCCCUGCCCUACGAGGAGGACCAGCAACAAAGGAAGCUCAGCAAGCUCACCAAGUCCGUGUCUGCGCCGCAAAUAAGUAGCCCAGAGGACGCGGAGGACUAUCGUGUUCCGAUCAGCCUGGAAAAGGACAGGAAGAGUUCAGUGCAGCAGCAGCAUUUGUGCACUUUAAACUCUGAAAUGGAGUCAGAGCAAUCUGAGUUGUCUGCGCUAAGCCCAAAUACCGACCACACCGAUGGGAGCGAGGGCUCUGAAAAUUCAAACUCUCAGCAGGAUGUGUCAGAGACCUGCCGAAACAAGUCAGCGCUAAACGGUGGGUCUGACGUGUUACUUUCCCAAAAGUCUGCAGCGAGGCUUUUUGUACAGGCAGCCGUUGCCGUCGGAAGCCAGAGGGAUGCAAACAACCAUCAAACACACAUGAGCGGAGGGAGCACUUCAGUGGAAGAUGUGCAUCUCUUUGAACUGGAAGUCGCUCCCUGUAGCUGUGGAAACAAACCAUGUGUGUGUAAAAGUGCAGCGGAGCAGGACAGCGGUGGCUGCGAAGAUGAUUGCCAGAGUUUCCGUCAGAGUGAGCAGGGAGGCGUUGAGGACAGAGGUCUGGAUCCCUCACAGAUGCCCCUGAAGUUGUCACGGUCCAGCGACCUCACCAACAGCACCACCGUCAGACCGAGUGAACUCACAGGGCUGAGGGCCAUGGACAUCACAUCACCUUCUAACCUCAGUGGAGCAUCAACGAGUGAUAAAGACCCUUUGGACUCCCAGACUAAGCCCUCAAGAAUUCCUAACUCCGGGCUGGCUUUUGUGAAUAAGAAGAUGGCGGAGGUGGUAAACAUGUCAGUGUCCUGCGCCCCGACUUGUCUGCCGUUCUCUUCUGCCCUACGAGACUCUCCCUCCAUCAGCGGGAUAUCUGCUCGGCAGGCUUCCUCGCCCAUCACCCAUCAGCCUCUGGGCUCCUUCGGCAUCAUCUCCUCAUCGUCGCUCAGCCCCUUAACCAUGGACGAGGAGACCAAUGAGCGGAUGCUAAAUUUCUACAAAGCCAAAGAGGAGCUCCUUAAAGAGUUGAGGUUCCAGGCCAGCUUAUACAGCAACAUUCCCCUCCUGGCAUCAGAUCUGCCCUACUUCCCUCCGGAGGAGGACGAUGAGGAGUUUGAGGACGGCAUACAUCUUGUAGUGUGUGUCCACGGGCUUGAUGGUAACAGCGCAGACCUCCGGCUGGUCAAGACCUUCAUCGAGCUGGGGCUGCCGGGAUCCAGGCUGGACUUCCUCAUGUCUGAGAGGAAUCAGGCCGACACGUUUGCAGAUUUUGACACUAUGACGGACAGGCUCCUGGAUGAGAUUAUUCAGCAUAUCCAGCUGUACAAUCUCACCAUUGGCAGGAUAAGCUUCAUCGGCCACUCUCUGGGCAACGUCAUCAUCCGCUCCGUGCUGACGAGGCCCCGCUUCCGCUGCUACCUGCCCAAGCUGCACACCUUCCUGUCGCUGUCGGGCCCACACCUGGGAACGCUGUACAACAACAGCGCCUUGGUCAGCACAGGUCUGUGGUUAAUGCAGAAGCUGAAGAAAUCAGGAUCCUUGCUGCAGCUCACCUUCAGAGAUCACGUUGAUCCGCGGAAAACAUUCCUCUACCUCCUGAGUCAGAAACCAGGGCUGCAGUACUUCAAGAACGUGGUGUUGGUCGCGUCUCCACAGGACCGAUAUGUUCCCUUCCACUCAGCCAGAAUAGAGAUGUGCACGACGGCCCUGAAAGACAGAACCACAGGGCCCGUUUACACAGAGAUGAUCAACAACCUCCUGCAGCCGGUGGUGGAGGCCAAGGAGUGCCGACUGAUCCGGCAGAAUGUGUUCCACGCCCUGCCCAACACGGCCAACACGCUGAUCGGCCGCGCUGCCCACAUCGCUGUCCUGGACUCUGAGCUCUUCCUGGAGAAAUUCUUCUUGGUAGCGGGGCUCAACUACUUCAAAUAGAGCUGGUAGCGCCACAGGUUGCCAGGACCUGUGCUGACCAUGGUCGAGAGUCUGAAUCUGGAGAACAGGGACCUCACCACCAGUCGGUGUGGUGCAUAUUAUGAAUGUAAAAAAAAAAAAAAAGAAAAAAAAAAAAGAGUCAGAGCUGUAAAUCCUACCUUUUAGCCUUGUUAGCUGUUGUUCUAAAAUAAUUAGUGUGUUGUGACUGUUUCUGUUCCAAAACUCAGAUGUCUGAGUGUAACGUGUAGCUAUCCAGCGCGAAACAUCGGAGGGCGAUGACUAGAUGAAUUUCAGAUGUUUUCUCUGCCUUAUGAGUACACUUUCAGCCAGAAACAGAAGCAGAUCAUGUUCCCCCGCUUUCCCUUUAGACCUCGUUUAGAGCAUUCUGCGUCGCUGGUUGAGGAGUCCUUUCGGUAAGGGUUACACCGAUGUUGGUCUUUACACGGUUCCUCGAACCAAGGCAAUAGCGGUGCAGCAUUUAACCCUAUGAUUGUACAUGGAGUAUAUUGUUGUACAGAAAACAGCUCUUCCUUUAUACAAAACAAAUAUAUUGUUUAAAAAUAUUUAUUUUUUAUGUAUAUACAGUGUAAGUAGUUCUUCUAAAUGUGAACUUCUGUGUCUUUUUGUGUGACAUCCAUGGAUGACUUAUAAUGAGUUGUUCAAUGUGGGCAGAGGUGGGGAGGUGUGUAGCUGAAAAUUUACUUUACUCAUCCCGAAUUACUUCCAGAUAAACCGAACCCAUUUAGCUCACCUGUCUAAAUAUCAAAAUUAUGUUUGUUUUUGUUUUGUUUUUUCCUUCAUGAGAAACUGGUGACAUUGGCUUUCAAGUUUUCCAAAGAUUUUUGCAUUGUCUAUUCGUCAAAGCCACACCAUUUAGUUGUAGCCGCCCAUUUGAAAAUAAUAAAAAAAUAAGUACACCAUA